UUCUGAUAUUGAGAGCGCGGUCCAGAAAGUCGUCUGCAAAUAUCACUGAAGCAGCGUCUGGCAAUGAUAUGGUUGGGAACUUGUGGUAAAUACCAUGCCGGCAAGCCCAUCUUUCAGGUAGUCUCGUUUGUACCCCAAGCUUCGAUCUCCCUCCUCUGCAAGUCCAUGGGACCUGCCGGUCUCCUCCUCCUCAUACUAGCAACUGCGGCACAAUUGCUCUCCGAGGCGCAGUUUGCCGAGUAUCCCACAGCCAACAUCUCAACACUGUGGGUCAACAACGAAGAUUACAUGUCAAACUUGGGCUUCAAUGAUGGAUCGGUGGUCCGCUCCAUUGUUGUCAGCUCACCACAAACCUUCUUCGGACCCUCCUUUGGCGCAGGUUUCUUCUGUGCCUCCCCCUGCAACGCGUUCCUCUUUGCUGUCUACAUUUUCCACAUCGAUGGUAUUCAUGGUGAGAGUAAGACCGCAAGACCGCACGUGGUAUGGUCUGCCAACCGGGCUCGCCCUGUAAGGGAGGGUGCCACUGUUGAGCUUACCAUUGAUGGGAACUUGGUGCUCCGAGAUGCUGAUGCUAGCCUCGUCUGGUCUAGCGGCAGCUCGGGCCGGUCAGUAGCAGGCAUGGUGAUCACCAAGGACAGCAAUCUGGUGCUAUUUGAUCACAGUAAUGGAACUGUAUGGCAGUCUUUUGAUCAUCCUAGUGACGUGUUGCUCCCUGGGCAGUCACUACUGGAAGGUACGAGGUUUGUAGCCACAAAUUGGACAGAGAAUCAAUUCUACAUGACAGUUCUUCCCAGAGGAUUGUAUGGUUAUGUUGAAUCCACACCACCACAACUCUACUAUGCAUAUUCAGUAUGGGUGAGCGAGAAUGACACAGGAAAUGGUCCAACAAAGGUUAACUUUGUCAAUGGCAGCCUCAGCCUCCUUGUGCAGUCUAGGCAGCCAAGCAACCCACAUAUGUCUAAUAUCUCACUGCCAGCAGCUAAAUCCACCCAGUACAUGAGGCUUGAGUCUGAUGGGCACCUUAGGCUGUAUGAAUGGUCUCAGGCGGAAGCGACAUGCACUUUGUUGUCUGACGUAACCAAGAUAGAAAGAUUGCCUGAUGAUUGUGCAUUCCCAACAGUGUGCGGAGAGUAUGGCAUAUGCACAGCUGGGCAGUGCACGUGUCCAUUUGAGGACAACUCAAGUUCAACAAAUUACUUCAAGCUGGUGAACGGCCGCAAGGCAAAUCUUGGCUGCGCACCAUUGAAUCCAAUCUCUUGCCAAGAAAUGCAACACCACCAGCUCUUGACCCUUACCAAUGUUUCUUACUUUGAUGAAAGCCACACCAUUGAGAAUGCAACGAAUGGCGACAGUUGUAAGCAGGCUUGCUUGAAGAACUGCUCCUGCAGGGCCGUCAUCUUCAGAUAUGGCCUCAAUGAUUCCAAGGGCGAUUGUCUGUGGGUGACAAAGGUCUUCUCCUUGCAAUCAAUACAACCUGAAACGGCUUCUUUCAAUUCGUCUGCUUACCUCAAGGUGCAAUCUAGCCCCUCUUCUGCUGCAAACAAAAAGGUCAUUCUAGGCAUCACCCUUGCACUUGUUACUACUAUCAUAUUCAUUGCCAUUGUUAUCACUGUUUGUCUGCUAAGGAGGGGAAAGUAUGAAGACAAUGAUGAAGACCUCCAGUUUGAUCAAUUACCAGGGAUGCCAACAAGGUUUCCAUUUGACAAGCUGAGAGAAUGCACUGAAGGAUUCAAUAAAAAGCUUGGAGAAGGUGGAUUUGGGUCGGUUUUUGCAGGGAAAUUAGGUGAAGAGAGAGUUGCAGUCAAACGUCUGGAAGGUGCUAGACAAGGAAAGAAAGAGUUUUUGGCAGAGGUUGAAACCAUUGGAAGCAUAGAGCACAUCAAUCUUGUCAGGCUGAUUGGCUUUUGUACAGAGAAAUUCCAAAGGCUUCUUGUGUACGAAUAUAUGUCGGGAGGGUCACUUGAUAGAUGGAUCUAUUACCGCCACGAUAAUGCCCCACUAGAUUGGCACACAAGGUGUGGAAUCAUUCUGGAUAUUGCCAAAGGCCUAUGCUAUCUUCAUGAGGAGUGCAGGCGAAAGAUAGCUCAUUUGGACAUCAAACCACAAAAUAUUCUCUUAGAUGAGAACUUUAAUGCCAAAGUGGCCGAUUUCGGACUAUCUAAGCUAAUAGACAGGGAUCAAAGCAAGGUAAUGACGAUGAUGAGAGGCACGCCUGGGUAUAUGGCACCUGAAUGGUUAACCUCACAAAUCACUGAAAAGGUUGAUGUCUACAGCUUUGGAGUAGUUGUCAUGGAGCUAAUAAGUGGGAGAAAAAAUAUUGAUAAUUCUUUGCCUGAGGAGAGUUCUCACCUCAUCAAUUUGUUACGAGGAAAGGCUCGAGAUAAUCAAAUGAGUGAUCUGAUUGACGAACAUAGUGAAGACAUGCUCUCGCACCAGGAGCAGGUCAUUCAAAUGAUGAAGCUUGCAAUGUGGUGCCUGCUAAAUGAUGCCGGUCAAAGGCCUAACAUGUCAAUGGUGGUAAAGGUAUUAGAAGGUGGGAUGAGCAUAGAAACCACUAUUCUUCACAGAUUUCUCAAUACAAAUACAGUCUUGCCCCUGGAAGAUAAUCCGAACGCAUAUUCAGUUCAAACUCAAGCAUCAAUUUUAUCUGGACCAAGGUGAAAUAAGUGGCUAAUGAGAAGAAGACAUCCAACUUAAUUACACACUUGGUUUUCGUAACUGUUUUUUAAUCUUAUCUUAUUUGUACAUUGUAAGUAUGUUUUGAAUAGCUUGAAAACAAAAAUACAGGCCAAUAUAUAUGUUUCAUUGUCUGUUCGGUGAUCUGUACCACAUACCUUUUCAUCUGCAGAGUACAGUCCACCUCUUCUGGUAGCCCAAAAAUAUAUUUGUGAACUACGUGCCUAGGAAAUUUACCUGCAAUGUAAUUAAUAGUGUAUCAAUCUAUGGAAUACUGAAUUCCCCGAUUUUGCAAAUAGUGUUAUGAACCUGAUGGGGAUAGGCACCAAAUGGAGAUAGCAAUAGAAGUCUUUUGAAAAAUU